ACACAGAGGCCAAAACGUACACUGCAAUAAUGGAAGAUUUGCAUGAGGCCGCCCUAGCUUACUACAACAAUGCCCCAAGAGACCUUCAGCGACUAGCAUGGAACUUCUACCUCGCCUUGGACAGGGAUGGAGAUGGCCAAGUCAGCUACUCGGAGUACGUCCAAUUCCUCCAGCAAAGCUACGGCUGGAUCCGCCCCAACUUCUUCAUGGACCUGGACCGCAACGGCGACGGCAGCCUCGAUUUCUGGGAGGUCCUCACUCUGUACUACGUGGUUAAGACCCGGGGCAGCGUUUGGUGCCAAGGGUGUCAAUCGUGCCUAGUCGGGCUCUACUUUACGUGCGUUACUUGCUUUGACAGUGGCUCCAGGAGCUAUGAUAUGUGUCCUGGGUGCUACAAACGAAGGAGGUUCAGUCACCAGCACAGCUACUUCCUGGAUAACCAUGUCUUGCUUCGGGCCAAGAGGGGUCUUCCACCUGGUUUUACAAACAUCAAUCUGGUACUCACUCCACGACCUACGGUUCGUUCUCCGGCUGCUAUGGAUAACGAUGGAUUGAUGGAAGCAUUUCAAGCAUUGGAGAUGGGGCUUGCUGUGGAGAAAUCGCGUACUUGUGCCGUAAUGUGAUGCGAGUACAAGAAUUAGCUACACAAAUACAGCCAUCCAUGCAGCUGGUUGUACAUGUUUCAAUAAUGAGCAUGGCCAAUUAAUAUUACCGCUAUAUGUUUUUUUUUUUUUUUUCUUGCAAAUUAUGGUUCCGGAAAAUAAUGGAACAUCUGAAUAAGCUAUGGUUUCCAUGACAGUACUGUACGUGAUAAUAUUAAAAGCAAAUAAUUUGAAAAAUCUAUCUUAUGGUA